ACUUUAACACAUGUCAUAUCAAAAUGUAUGACAACAAAAUCCAAAAUCACAUCAUAAAGUAGUUUUUAUUUUUCAAUUUGCAAUUAUUUGUAUUAUAAAUAUAUAAAUAACAAUGGAAGAUUCUUCAGAAAACUCCUCAGCUGCUGAGGAAGUAAAAUUUAAACCAAAGAAAAGGAGAAACAUACGGCAACGUGUUAAAGCGGAGGACGAUGAUUCUGAAGACGAACAGGUAAUACUGGCCAGAUUGGAGGAAGCAAAAGAGGCACAGAAGCUUCGAGAACGUCCGAACGGGGUCAGUAUAGUUGCUUUAGCGACUGGUCAAAAAGUUACAUUGGAGGAAGAGAUUGUAUGUAAAGAUCCUUUUAAAAUUAAAACUGGUGGUAUUGUUAAUAUGCAAGCGUUAAAAAGUGGUAAAGUAAAACAAGUAGAUGACGCAUACGACACCGGUAUCGGAACACAGUUUUCAGCGGAAACUAAUAAACGAGACGAGGAUGAAGAAAUGAUGAAAUAUAUUGAAGAACAGUUAGCUAAAAGAAAAGAGGGAAAUGUUGAUGAUAAAAGAGAAUCUGAAAACCAUGAUACAUUGAAAUACUUAUCUCCUGAAGAAGCAGCGCUACUUUCACUUCCUGAACAUCUAAGAGUAUCUUCAAUGCCCAGAUCCGAGGAAAUGUUAUCAAAUCAAAUGUUAAGUGGUAUCCCAGAAGUUGAUUUAGGUAUAGAUGCUAAAAUUAAAAAUAUUGAAGCGACGGAAGAAGCGAAAAUGAAAUUACUAUGGGAAAGACAUAAUAAAAAAGAUGGCCCGUCACAAUUUGUUCCGACAAACAUGGCGGUGAAUUUUGUACAACAUAAUAGGUUUAAUAUAGAUGAUAAUACAAAGAAAAGAAAAGUAGAGAAGGUAGAAGUGAAGACAGAAACUAAUGUGAUCGAUGAAAAUGUUGAUAAGAUUGUUAAAAAGGCAAAAGGUGAAAGGGCUACUGAUGAUUAUCAUUACGAAAGGUUUAAAAAACAAUUUAGGAGGUAUUAAACGUAAAUUAUAGGUUAAUUUAAAAAUAGGUUUAAAUAGAAAUUAGAACAUUACAUAUACAAAGGCGGGUAAUAAUUAUUUUUAUUUGUUGAAUUGUUCCAACAAAUUCAAUAGUUUGACACUGACCUGACAAUAAGAGUAAUGCCCUCAACCUUGAGUAUUUUACAAAAGUCCACUGUUUUGUGUUUGUAAUCUAUUAUGUUUAGGGCCUGUCCCGCCACUGGCUGAUAGAGGUUCAGAUGGCUUAAAAAUGACUUCACUGUCAAAAGGGCACAAUAUGAUAUUUCCAUCAUAUGUUUUACUUGUUGGAUUAUCAGACAAUUUACAACUUGGUAAGACAAGUUUAGUGUAUUAUAAGGGUAUGUUUUGUAUGUUAAAUAUCUGAAAAAUGAGGUUUUUGCAGUAAAAUGAAAGGAUAGUGCAAUUUCAAUAUCCAGAUGUUUAUUGCAGUAUUUUUCGUAUUAAAUUCAUUUGGUUUUUAUCAGUCAUAUUGAUUGUAGUUUACUGUUGUUUUGAAAUUCUUAAAAACUUUGGAUACAUGCAUAAACAAGUAAUUUAAGGAAUUUCU